AUGGCUCCCAACCUAGCCAAGUCUACGCUCGUGCUGAUUCAUGACAUGAUUAGCAGUGAUGAACUAACUACCUCGCAAAUGGCGGAAGCUGCUGGCUGCAGCGAGCGCGCCAUUAUCAGGAUCCGAUCUAACCUGCGACUAUUCGGUAACGUUAAAGCUCCUCCUAUCACAGCUGGACAGCCACGGACCAUCACUCCGAUUAUGCUGGAAGACUUAUGCGAUCAUUUAUUCGAAAAGCCGGAUUUCUACCUUUAUGAUAUAGAGCUCCUCUUUCUUGAUGAAUUUGAUGUAUCAGUACCAAAGUCCACGAUCAGCGAUGCCCUACAUCGCAAAGGCUGGUCUAAGAAGACAGCUCGACAAAAAGCAAAAGAGCGCAACAUAGAUUUGCGUGACGAUUACUGUCAUCUCAUCUCAGAGUUUUGCUUAUACCACCUCGUUCAGGUUGAUGAAUCCGGGUGUGAUAAGCGAAUAGGGUUUAGAAAAACCGGCUGGUCUCCCCUUGGUACGACGCCUGUGUAG